AUGUUGAGCUUCGACCGGCUCGACACCUGCGAAGGAUGCCUAGGUCCCCGCCACGCCGACCUUGCCUCCUCUUGCCGCCUCUGUGACCUCCUCCCCCCUGAGGACAGGCAGAGGCGAGCAGCCUUGUUCAAGGCUAACAUCGAGGAGUGUCUUUCCGUGGCGGGGGACUGCUCGCUGGACGACGCCAUUGAUUUUUUUGCCGCCGGGUCUCAUUGUGAAUCAGAUGGUUUCUACAGGAUAGGCGACGUCAGCAGCCUCGCUGCUCAUUCCCUCCCGGAGAGCAUAGUCGGAGACAAACGCAUGUCCCUGCGGCGGUGGCAGCCCCCACCCAAGCGAUGCCUCAUGGCUGAGGACGCGCACGCCUCCCCUCAGCGCAUGUCAGCUCACAUCAGUUCUGAUGUGAGCCCGCAGCCCAGCAGCGGCACAGAGACUUUGACUUGGCUGGCGUCUGUAAAAGACAUGAAACAACACAAAAACGCGUGCCCGCUUCCAGAGCAUUACGCGGAGUGGCAGCGAGCGUGCUCCCUGAACUUCUGGAUGAGCCGUCUUAUCAGCAAGGGUUACACGCUGCAGUUCGCAGCUCAACCCCCACUGUUCAGAGGUUCUCCCAAGACCAACUCAAGCAUUCUCCCAUCCACUUGCUUCGUGGGGACCCUCACCUGGGAUAUCGAAAACACCAUCAGAUUGGCACAAGCUUCUGAACCUGACCCUGGCUCUGGACCACCUGGAAGGAGGUUUAUCCCCAAAUCAGUUAUUGGUAAGGUACUGGACUGGGCAAGCUUCGGACACACCUUGAGCCUCAAACCAGACGGACCUCCUCAGUACUGGACUCCUCUAGAAGCUCUGUUCUCCAACCUGUCACUCCACCUCAACUACAACCCUCAUCAAGAACCCUUCAAGGAGGGCAACAGCUUUCUGGUUCUGGAUGAGCAGCGCUUUGCUAAGGAGAUCCUCCCCAAGUUCUUCAAGCACAACAACAUGGCCAGUUUCAUCAGGCAGCUCAAUAUGUAUGGGUUCAGGAAGGUGAUGCACAUUGACACGGGGAUUGUGAAACAGGAGAGAGACGGUCCUGUGGAGUUCCAGCAUCCUUACUUCAAACAUGGACAAGAUGAUCUGCUGGAAAACAUCAAGAGGAAGGUUUCUAAUGCUCGGCCUGAAGACAAUAAGGUUAGAAAUGAAGACCUGUCCAAGAUCUUAGCGAGCGUUCAGAGUGUUCACAGCAAACAGGAGAACAUCAACCUCAGGCUCACAACACUGAAGAGGGAGAAUGAAGCUCUGUGGAGGGAAAUUUCAGACCUACGACAGAAACAUACUCACCAGCAACAGCUUAUUAAAAAGCUGAUACAUUUCAUCAUCACGUUGGUAAAGAGCAAACACGUUUUGAAUUUGAAACGCAAAAGCAGAUCAAUUCUUAUGAACAGCAAUGGAAAAAAACCCAAAUACAUUCAUGAGAUUUAUGAUGAGAAGUCAUGUGUUGAUCAGAUGUCAGUCAACAGUCUGAAUGGUGUAAAGGAUGCAGAGAUUUCAGAUGACGUUGUCAUCUGUGACCUGACGAGGAGCGAUGCUGAUGGAACAGCUGACAUCACACACAGAUCUCCGAGAGCCCAUGAGCAAGGUGAUGUAGAAAUAGUUGAAUUAGAGCUGGAAGACUGUGAGGUGUUGUCAGCUGACACCGAGGUGAGCACUAGCUGUACAGAUGAUGAUGAUGUUAAACACACAGAAAAGUCAGCAGCAGAUAACAACCUGAAAAGAAUCACCUCAGAUGGCUAUGACCCAACCACUUGCGGACCAACCAGUGGACCAACCAGUAGUGCCCUGCAGCUCAAUAAGCCCUCAAGUCUGAAUCUAGAAGACCCAGUAAAGAUAAUGGAUUCUAUACUGAAUGAUAAUGGAGCAAUAUCACAAAACAUCAAUCUGCUGGGCAAGGUGGAGCUCAUGGACUACUUGGACAGCAUUGACUGCAGUUUGGAGGACUUUCAGGCCAUGCUUUAUGAAAAACAAUUUGGUGUUGAUUUUGACACUCAUGAGGGCAGUAUUUCUGCUAGAGAGAACAUGAACCAGCCAAUCAAAGGCAGACAGAAGAACGAUAACACAGAUAAACAGUUGAUCCAGUACACCUCCUGCCCAUUGCUUGCCUUUUUGGAUGGCCAUGCUCUCCCUUCAGAGCUGGAUCUGGGUGCUACCGGCACAGAGAGCACAGACUUGUCCCAUCCUCAGCUCUUCUCCCACUCCGGUGUUUCUGUGGACCCUGUGCCGCCCUCAGAACUGUUGGACAGCAGCCUGGAGUCAAAGCAGCCACUUCGCAGCUCCCUGAUUCGCCUGGAGCCUCUGACCGAAGCUGAAGCCAGCGAGGAGACCCUGUUCUAUCUGUGUGAGCUGAGUCCUGCUGGAUCCGAUCCGGCUGAAGAGAAUGAGAACCUUGUGGACCACAGACUCAGUCCUGUUCAAGUCCUCUGAGCUCCGCUCCAGUGUGUGUGAUUGAGUGGAGGAAGCUCAGCUGUGAUUAUUGCACACAUUUAGAUUUGAUUUCAAACAUUUCAACAUGUCUGCUCUCUGAGGCGUCUCGUUAUUGUACUGUGUUCUUAACAAACAUUUCCACUUUAAACCGUUUUCACUGGAUUGUUUCAGGCAGGAAGAGAAACGAGCAUCAAACAGUCAGACGUCGUGAGUCGUGACCCCCGCUCUGAACAAACCUGCAGCUUUAAACUCCUGAACAACAAGUGUAUCAUGUGGUCUCUGUCUGUGCUGAAAUGACUCCUGACAUCAUCACAAUAUGUAGUGUUCGUUCCAGUCUCCAUAAGAAA